CUGCACACAGCGAACUUCACGACGCUCGCAAUCAACAUGCCGUCUGCGAAAGCUUCCUUGAAGGCUAUGGCCAAGGAUGCGAAAAGCAAGAAGACACCUGCAACCCCAAAAAAGACGACCAAGCAAACCUCAGUUCCUGCGCCAACAAACUUCAAAAGCACAGAAUAUAUUCAAGAAAGCGACGAGGAAGAGGACGAUGAGGAGACAAAAUCAGAGACCGAAUCCGAUAGCGAUAAUGACUCGUUACCUGCAAACCCUGCCGACGUUACGAAGAACACCAAUGGCAAACUCCCAGCUCCAUCAGGAAGCAGCAGCUCCAGUGACAACGAAAGCAGCAGCGACGAGAGCAGCGGCGCCGAGAGCAGUGGCGAGGACGAGCACAGUGACAGCUCUCGUAGAGCCACUGUAGAGCCAGAGCCUACAAAGCAACGUUCCGCAGAGUCAAGCGCAAGGAGAGUUGCAUUCGACAAACCCCCUACAUACAAACCUCCUACCGGCUUUGAAACUGUGUCGAUAAGUGACCAGUCCACAGCUUCUCAAAUUCUUAAGAAGUCGAAUUUGAGAGAGAAGCAACUUUGGUACUUCACGGCGCCUGCAUCUAUUCCCGUUUCUUCGAUCGAGCAGAUGUCCGUGGCGGAUGUGGAUGGUGGUAAAACAAUACUUAGCCAUGAUGGGACCGACUACGGAUUUGUCCAGGAUCCAACGGGCGAAAAGGCUUAUACUACAAUGUUUAUACCGAACAGCUCGGAGGAUGCAUAUCUCAUUGCUUCGAAAUCCAUUGAUCGUGUUUUGCAUCUUCAACAAACUAUCAACAUCCCCGGCAUGAACGACGCUGAUGCGAGUCUCCCACUAUCUUCGCGAGCAACUGUCCCAGCUACGAAGCCGGUACGUCAACAGCCAACAGGUUUGAAAAUGCGUUUUCGCCCUAUCGGAUUCGGAGCAGGGAAAAUGGGGACGAUCGGAUCCACUUCUGGAGACAGUAGUGCAGAUGGCGCAUCUGAUGAGGAAAUGGAAGACGCCCCUGCCGCAUUCCGUCGCCCUGUCUCGGAAGAAUCAGAUGGAGAGAUGGAAGAAGUGCCUCCAACAUCUUCUAAGUCAAAGCGCAAAGAAAAGGACAAGACAGCAAAGUCAAAAUCAUCUCCACUAAAGCGAAAGCAUGGGGGCAGAGGACAUUGAAGAUGGUAUGCAGGCGUUGGGUCUUAUUGCUUUGUUUUAAUAAGCUAUAUAUUUAGCUGAGUUAUGAUGAUACCCUCACGAAAAUUAAAAUGAUAGAG